AUGAUGCAAGAUUCAAUCCCUGCUUGCUUCUCACCAGGGGAAAAGUUCACAGAUGAUCAUGCUGCAGUAACUAGGUCAGGGCAAAGCAUUUUUAUGUCCGUUUAUCGGACAAAAAUCGCUGAUCAGCGUAGGUUAAUCACAGUUACUUGGUGCAAGAACUUGUUGCUCCAUGGUUUAUCAGUGUCAGUAGAAGGGUCAAGUGGAGAUGGCCAGUAUACUUGCAAGGUGGAGCUAAAGCCAUGGUACUUCUGGAGGAAACAAGGUUCAAAGCAUUUUCUUGUGGACAGUAAGCCAGUGGACAUAUUCUGGGAUCUUAAGGCUGCUAAAUUUAAUGGGGAGACAGAACCAAGCUCAGAGUACUAUGUAGCAGUUGUUUGUGAUGAGGAAGUUAUUCUGCUUCUUGGUGAUUUGAAGAAAGAUGCUUAUAGAAAGACAGGCUGCAGGCCAGCACUUAUUGAACCAAUUCUUGUAUCAAGAAAAGAACACAUUUUUGGCAAGAAGAAGUUCUCAACAAGAGUUAAGUUCCAUGACAAGGGAAGAAUGCAUGAGAUCUCUAUUGAGUGCAAGAACAGGAUUAACAGUAGCGGGGUUCCUAUCGAUGGGGUUGAUCCAGAAAUGGAGAUAAGGAUAGAUGGGAAAUUGUUCAUUCAUGUGAAGCAUUUGCAGUGGAAAUUCAGAGGGAACGAAUCGAUUCAUCUCAACAAAGUGAGGAUAGAAGUUUAUUGGGAUGUUCAUGACUGGAUUUUCAAUCCUGGUUUAAGGCAUGCUUUGUUCAUUUUCAAGCCAGUUCUGUUAUCGACAUCCCCUUCAUCAGUAUCCGAAUUAUCAUCACCGCCAUUCUCCUCAUCGACAUCAACUCCAUUGUCAUCCCAAACAGGCAGCUCAGGGUCAAUAGAGGGGUUAAAUUCAAGCAACUCUUCAGAUUUUUGCCUGUUUCUUUAUGCUUGGAAGGUAGAAUGA